CCCACCCGGUGAACGGAGUGAAACGGCACGAUCGUUCGGAGUGCCGGAUCGUAGAUUAUUGCGUUGGUCCAAGAUCAACCACCACGAAGUUGGACCUGCCGCGCUGAGGUUCGAGUUUGUUCGUGUUAGACUUUCGUGCAGUUCGCACGCACGCAGCCUUGAGGUGGUCACGCGCGGAAAGCCGAAAUUUUGUCUGUCCCUCGAAGAAGGUUUGUACGAUCGCACAUCAAUCUCCCAGGGUUCGUUCGUACGCUAUCAGCCAAAAGGUUGCUCACAGGUGCUCCAAUCGUCCAUCCUCGGUCGGGGCGGGUUAGCAGUGCCACCGGAGAAAGUUGUCGUGGGGCGUUGUUUACCUUUCGAUGGAAGUUGAUUCCCGGUGAACGUCGACGCAAGCGAUCGCGCUGGAACUGAAAGUGAAACCAAGAAGAAGUAGUGUGCAGUGCCUUUCCGUUGUUCUGGGGGUCAUUAGUGUCCAAAUUUCAGUGUGUGCUUUUUUUGUUUAUUUUCUGUUACCUUCUGAAGUGUUGUUUUAUUUUUUGGUUGUGUCUCCGUGUGUUUGUGUGUGAAACUCAAUACGAAAAAGCAGAUUGAAAGCAGAUCAAACGUCGAUCGAGUCACUUGAAGAUUGAGGUUAAGAAACGGCCAUCAUUGAAGCGGAAACACUGCAGGAGACGACAAGCACAUCACCACCCAAAAUGCAGUCCAUCAGGAUUGCAACGUUUGUGCCAGUGUUGCUGCUUCUGUUGCUAGCAGUACUGGCCGACGGAUUGCCCUAUCCCCGACCCAUGCCCCAGAACCUGCGAAGAUUGCCCCGGCGAAACGAUUUUGUUGCCUACAAUUUGCACCGCAUCAUACGACCGCGCGAUGUGAACGAUCUGGGCGUUGAUCAGGCACGGAAGGCCAUGCACGAUGUGCACGAAACGAUCGCCGAGGUGCAGCGGCUACUGUCCCUCGAUCCUUCUCUUCCCAGACUAACGAGGGGAGAAAUUGAAGAACUGUUCGAAAAUGUGACUCGUGAAGAGUUUACAAAAUCGCUACGCGCCGGAGAUCACCACCGGGCUCAGCAUAUGCGUGCACUGAUGCUGGUGUUGCCUUACCACGCCAACAACAUGUCGCCGGAAAGUAUGCAAAAGAUAUACACCCGUCCCCCGGUAACGCGGAUUGUUGGGGCCGCGUCCAACGCGAGACCUACCGAAACGCUGCCGAUAACUCCGGGUCGAUUUGUAGUCAGUAGCACUACAGCUUCCGCCACGACUACUACUGCAGCGCCAGCGACGUCUGGCCCUCGUACAACGACCGCUCCCAUCCCGGUAACGACGAUCCGGUUCACAACACCGCGGCCUACAACGUUCCAUCCAACGCUACCGGAACGGAUGCGUGAUGCUUCCCAUCGGAAGGAAAAUAUGAACGAAAUUCUUGCUGCGAUUGGGUUAUCCCAGAGCUCGGAGGAACUUUCCACGCCUCCAACAUUCCGUCCAUUGCCAGCGGAUAUGACGACAAUAGCACCUUCCACUACUUCUUCAGCUGCGUCGGUGACGGAGGACACCAUCAACAAUGCGAUCAACGUCGACGAUCCGAAGGUGGCUCAAGAGCUGAAGGAUCUGUUGCGUUCAUUCGGUUUGCUGAAGGAAGCGGACAGUGAGGCCAGUGCGAACAGUCCACUGCCCCACGCGGAACGACUUGUUGACAUUCAACCAGCAGCACUGGUACUGCACGAACCGCUAAAGGUAGAGGAAUCAACCCCAACGAUCGACGAACCGAAGAAACUGGCUGUCGAAUCUACUGGAGGACUGACACAGGCGAGCGUGAAGGCAGAUGACUACGUUGCCUUCAAACCGUUACCGAUCGGAACAUUAAUAGACGACGCGGCAGAUGCAAAGCCAAUAGACGAAGAGCUGGACGCGUUGCUAAAGUCGUUCGGUUUGCUGGGGCCGGGUCCACGCAACAAGAAAUCUAUGCACCCGGAACCGACCCAGAAACCACCAUCGAACCAGAUGGUUAUGAAAUCGGUUCCAUCCAUCGAUGCAGAUCUAGUAGCACCACAGCUAAUGUCCGUGCUGGGGACGCUAGGCAUACAGAUGAAGAACGGUCAGCAGCAGGCACCAUCCACGAGAGUGACACCGCUUGUCCGUCGGCGAGAGAAAACACCACGCAAACUAGAUCCACCGAUCGAUCAAACGCCAUCAGCGGCUCAUCUGCGCGUCAGCAAUGAGGACUACCGGAAGCUAGAGCAACUGUGGCAAACGGUCAAGCAGCUCGAACAGCUGAACGCAUCCCUGACUGACGAUUCGCUCGAUGUGCUUAACCCGAAGCACUACAAUCUAAGUCCAUCUCUCCUGGCACAGGGUCCGGAUCCCCUGCUCGAUAGUGUUGAUGCACGUGAAAAGCUGAACGAGAUCAAGAAACGUCAGGAACCGGCCACCAGCACUACUACCACGUCACCCACAGCUUCUUCGGUUCUGAAUGACGAUAGUGCUCCGGUGAUGGAAAGCGAUACUCCGUUCCGUUUUAGCUUGCAGCUUAAUACGGGUGGAAGUGGCACUACGAGCGAAGAUUCUGAGCUGGAAGAUUCACUGUCUAAGAUAACCACCACCGAAACCUCAUCCGAUACGACCACGAGCCCAACCACCACCUCGACUACCACCACAACGACGGAAAGUGCACGAAAUGCCGCGCUGGAAGAUUCGUUUCCCUCGUCCGAUCUGGCCGGUGAUCCCGUGAAUGAGGAACCGCUGCCACCGCCACGUCGUAACGGUUUCUACUUCCUGUACGAUUGGAACACGUUCCUAGAGGUGGGUGAAGAACCGAACAAGGUGAUCAUUCGGUACAAUCCACAGGCCGGUGAUCCAAGCCGUUUCCUCCCGGUCACCGUACCGUAGAGCUGUACCGGUAAUGAAAGGCGGAACUGUUAAAGAAGUAGGCUGUAAAGAAUUGAAGCAAAAGCAGGGGCGAAUGAUCUUAUUCCAUGGGUUUGAAUGGGGCGAACGAUUAGUGUACAUAGAUAACCUUCCUUUGGUCUGUAGCGCGUAACAAGUAGAACUAAAUUAUCCUUUAUUUAUUAGCCUGUCUUUACCACGGCUUGCGCCGUCCGGUAGAGCGAUGGGUUUCUAGGAAGAAUGGAAAGCUGAAAGGCUUCAGGUACUUGUAGGGUAAUGUAGGAGCAAUGUAAGGAAGAUUUCGCUGUGCACAGUGGGUAUAGUAUAAACGUUAUGCUUUAGGGAUACGGGAUACGACAUAGAGUAGAAUUGCGGCCGCUCCGAAGGAUGAGCGAGCGGGAGAGCAUAUGAUUUUAACGUCCUUUACCUUCAUCCAGCAAUACACAUUCUGUAUUAACGUCCUUUACCUUCAUCCAGCAAUACACAUUCUGUAUAGAUACAUACCACAAGAUUUGAAUGUUGGGAACCAAUGAAACUUACGAAGCUCGUGCAAAUAAAGAUAAGAAAAAUCGGUAA